UCUUGGUAUUGCCUGGGUGGGUAAUCCAAGUACAUCCAGUAGUGCCCUUGACAGCCACACUCGGCGAGCUAACCAUUUGCUUAGCGUCUCCAACGGCACUUAUAUACCCCCCUCCUUCUCCAACUGCUCGUUACAGUCUUCGGCUACGAUUACAAACACUUUUCUUUCACGACCGUUACGAUGCAAUUCAAGGAUAUCAUCCCUCUUGCUGCCCUGAGCCAGGCUGUUUUUGCCGUCGCCAGCCCUCAGGCUGCCAGCUCUCCUGCUCCCACACCUACCGGAACUUGCGAGCCUCACGGUGAUCACUGGCACUGCCCUUCUGGAGUCCCCCAGCCUUCUACAAACCCAGAUGGCACUCCUAACACCAAGGCUUCCAAGGCUGACACCGGUGCUCACCCUACGCCCACCAACAGCAAGGAAUGCAGCCCUCACAAGGACCACUGGCACUGCCCUUCGGGAGUUCCUCAGCCUACCACAAACCCUGACGGCUCGCCCAACACCAAGGCCUCUAAGGUCAACACCACUGGCCGCCCUGCACCUACCGACAGCACUGGCUGCGAACCUCACGGCGACCACUGGCACUGCCCCUCUGGCGUGCCCCAGCCCGUCACCAACCCCGACGGCUCUCCCAACACCAAGGCCAGCAAGCCCUCUGGUACUUCCGGGGCCGCUAAGUCUGGCACAUCAGGCGCUGCUAACCCUACAUCCAGCACUGCUGGUGCUGCUCGCUUCGGCUCCUCUUUUGGCGUGACCGCUGCUGGUGUCACGCUAGCCGCUGUUGUUCUCAGCGUUUGGAUGCUGUAAGAAGUGUCGACUGUUUUGGGGGAGUUAAGCCAGGGAUGUAUAGAAGCAAGCUAGGCAGCUGCAUCGUUGGUAGAAAAAUCAACAUGUGAUGCGUAUGUAAUAAUAGAAUGGAGUUUAAAGACCCUAUCAGCCGUGGUUAUGGACGCGCAAGUGGUAUGUCAGAAGAGCCGUAUUAUUAGUUGUAACAUGACAGUGGCAUUCGUGCGGCUCAGCUUCUGGGAGAGGAAAGACAUGGCUCAUAAGGGAUUUUGAAUGAGCCACAGACUCAAACACGCCGCAGUGUACCAAAGGUCAAGCGAUGCUCUGGUUGAGUCGGAGGUCACGGGUUGUGGCGGCGUGGGUGAAGCUGGCGGCUGAGCACUUGCAACUAGGCAGACAAGUAAGAAGUCGGUCGAAAAACAAUAUGAUAAACCGGUAUCUAUGUAUUUCAAUAUCUAAAAAUAUUGGAAAAUAAAAUUCGGUUGCUGGAUUUGCAGUUGAUCCGAAAAUAAAAUGUACUGGUAUAUCUGGAC